AUGUCUGAAGCAGCCAAGCCCGACCCCGCCGCCGAGCAGAUCGCCAACCCUGCGGCGACUCUUGUUCAGGACGAGACCGCAAAGGUCACCACCGACAAGGCGUCUGACAAGCCCGAGACCACCACAGAGAGCAAGGAUGACAAGCCCAUCACAGAGAAGGCGACAGAGGCAGCGGCCGCAGUAAAGGACAACGUCUUCUCCAUGUUCGGUGGCGGCCCCGCAAAGGUCAAGAAGGAGGAGGCCGACGAUGUCGACGAGCCAUCAGGUGCUUCCAAGCCCAAGGGCGAGGACGAGGACCCCGAGAACGAAGAGCCCGAUGUCGACUUCCAGCCCGUCGUCCACCUCACCGAGAAGGUCGACACCAAGACCAACGAGGAGCUCGAGGAGCAAGUGUUCAAGAUGCGCGCCAAGCUGUUCAAGUUCGACAGGGAAUCGCGGGAGUGGAAGGAGCGCGGCACUGGUGACGUCCGGUUACUGAAGCACAAGGAGAAUGGCAAGACCCGUCUCGUCAUGCGCCGUGACAAGACCCUCAAGGUCUGCGCCAACCACUACGUUGUUCCCGACAUGAAGCUGUCGCCCAACGUCGGCAGCGACCGCAGCUGGGUCUGGAACGCCGCGGCCGAUGUCAGCGAGGGCGAGCCCGAGGCUCAGACCCUGGCCAUCCGUUUCGCCAACAGCGAGAAUGCCAACCAGUUCAAGGAGGCCUUUAUCAAGGCCCAGCAAGAGAACGAGGCGCUUUUCGGCAAGUCGGAGCAGUAA